AUAAUUUGUAGGCCACACUCCAGGAAGUGGUCGUCCGGCCAACGGAAGACAAAAGAAACUUCUUGCAUCUGACACUGACACAUCAAUUCACGCACACCACACUUACUCACACUUCCUGCUUAGAAAUCCCACCCUUUCUACUCCACAGGCACUCACAAGAAUCUGCAGUUGAGCAGAAUUUGAAACCAAGUAAUGGGCCAGAAAGAAGCAGAGUUGGAGAGGGCCGACGGCGGUGUGGUGGUGGUGAAACCGAAGCCGAAAAAGGGUCUAGCGUCGAAGGUCAUAGACUGGUUAGAAUGGACAUUUGUGAAGCUUAUGCAUGAUCCUAAGCAACCCAAUCAUUAUCUCUCCGGCAACUUUGCCCCCGUUGAUGAGACUCCUCCUCUCACCGACCUUCCGGUUAAAGGACAUCUCCCAGAGUGCCUCAAUGGUGAAUUUGUGAGAGUGGGUUCCAAUCCGAAGUUUGCUCCAGUUGCUGGAUAUCAUUGGUUUGAUGGAGAUGGAAUGAUUCAUGGCUUGCGCAUCAAAGAUGGAAAGGCAACAUAUGUAUCCCGCUUUGUGAAGACAUCACGUCUUAAACAAGAAGAGCUUUAUGGGGGACCAAAAUUUAUGAAGUUUGGUGACAUGAAAGGAAUAUUCGGCCUUAUCAUGGUUAACAUGCACAUGCUAAGAACAAAACUCAAAGUACUGGAUGCUUCCUAUGGAUUUGGUACAGCUAAUACAGCAAUAGUGUACCACCAUGGAAAGCUUAUGGCGCUCCAUGAGGGAGAUAAACCAUAUGCCAUAAAAGUUUUGGAAGAUGGAGAUCUGCAAACCAUUGGCAUGCUGGAUUAUGACAAAAGACUGGCACAUACUUUCACUGCUCAUCCUAAGGUCGACCCGUUCACUGGGGAGAUGUUUACCUUUGGCUAUUCACAGACACCACCAUAUGUCACAUACAGAGUCAUAUCAAAGGAAGGCGUGAUGGAGGAUCCAGUCCCAAUAACAAUAGCAGACCCUGUCAUGAUGCAUGAUUUUGCCGUUACUGAAAAUUAUGCUAUUUUUAUGGAUCUACCGUUAUACUUCAGGCCGAAGGAGAUGGUAAAGGAAAAGAAGUUGAUGUUCACUUUUGAUCCUACUAAGAAAGCUCGUUUUGGAGUCCUUCCUCGGUAUGCAAAAAAUGAGCUCCUGAUAAGGUGGUUUGAGCUUCCAAAUUGCUUCAUAUUCCAUAAUGCCAAUGCUUGGGAGGAAGGAGAUGAAGUUGUUCUGAUCACUUGUCGACUUCAAAAUCCUGAUCUUGACAUGUUUAGUAGCUCCGUGAAAGAAUUCACAAAUGAACUGUAUGAGAUGAGAUUCAACCUAAAAAAUGGUCUGGCUUCGCAGAAAAGAUUGUCUGUGUCAGCUGUAGAUUUUCCCAGGGUGAACGAGAACUACACUGGCAGGAACCAACAUUAUGUAUAUGGAACGAUACUGGGAAGUACUGCUAAGGUGACUGGAAUCAUCAAAUUUGAUUUACAUGCUGAACCAGAGACUGGAAAGGAAAAGCUUGAAGUUGGGGGAAAUAUCACCGGCAUCUUUGAUCUGGGACCUGGAAAAUUUGGAUCAGAAGCUGUCUUUGUUCCCAGGCAGCCUGGUACUGCAUCUGAUGAAGAUGAUGGCUACUUGAUUUUCUUUGUACAUGAUGAGAACACUGGAAAGUCAGCAGUGAAUGUGAUUGAUGCAAAAACAAUGUCAGCUGAUCCUGUUGCUGUAGUUGAACUACCCAAAAGAGUUCCAUAUGGUUUCCAUGCCUUGUUUGUGACCGAGGAACAACUUCAAGAACAAGCAAAGCUGUGAUAAUGUUGUGAUGAUCCCAUGCACUUGCAAAAAGAUACAUACGGGCUGAAUUUACUCAAAUUAUCGUGUGUAGUGUGUACUAAUACAUGUUAUAUAUUUCCCCAACCUCCUCUUCUUCCAACUCCUGCAUUUCUUAUUUAAUUCAAAUUUUUAAUUUUUAAGUUUUCUAUUUAA